UCUAUCAAUUAUCAAGCUCCAACCAUGGCUUCAACACCCUUGCCCAUAAGGCAUGUAUGUGAGGAGAUUCAUGACACGUGGGGUCGGCUCGGUCACCUUGUUCGAGCCUUGGCUAAGAAAAACUGGGCCCAGAGGCACCAAAUUCUACAAACUUAUAGGGCUAUGUAUGGAGAGGACUUGCUCAUUCGCCUACAAUUAGCCUCUCAAUUAAAGGAUUCAAGAUCCGAGACAUUCAAGCUUGUGUUCUUGUGGAUGUUGGAGCCCUGUGAUCGCGACGCCUUCUUUGUUAGGGAUGCUCUCGAGAAGGGGAACACGAAGGCCCUUGUUGAGGUCUAUGUUGAUAGGAAAUCGAGCCAGUUGCUGCUCAUAAAACAGGCGUAUCUGGCUAGGUUCAAGAGGCAUAUGGACCAUGACAUAGCCUCUGAACCCCCUCAACCAUACCAAAGAAUAUUAAUGGCCCUUGCAACUUCACACAAGUCCCAUGACAAGGAUGUCGACAUGCACAUAGCAAAAUGUGAUGCUAAGCGAGUGUAUGAAGCAAGUGAAGGGAGGUUUGGGAUGUUAGAUGAGUCCUCAAUGAUCGAAAUUUUUAGUAAGAGAAGCAUCCCUCAACUCAAACGCAUGUUAUCUUGCUAUAACCACAUCUAUGGACAUGAUUUCACCAAGUCCCUUAAGAAGAAGACGACUGGGGAGUUUGAGGAGUCACUCAGGACUACAAUUAAAUGCAUGUAUACUCCAACAAAGUACUAUGCAAAGAUUCUCCACACGUGUGUCAAGGGGUGCACGAGUGACAGGAGCGCCUUGGCACGUGUUUUGAUGAGCAGGGCAGAGAUAGACAUUGAGGAGAUACGUGAUGCUUUCCAUGCAAAAUAUGGAGUGACGCUCCUAUAUGCUAUUCAACAGUGUACACCCACUGGGGAGUAUAGAGACUUCCUUCUGGCCUUGGCAACUUCUUAGUUACUUUUUAGAGAGAGAGAGAGAGAGAGAGAGAGAGAGAGAGAGAGAGAGAGCAUAUUUGUAAAUCCCAAUUGGGUGUAAUCCCAUAUUCAAUUGUAUGAGAAACUAUUUUGAUA